GGCCCAAGUGGUGCGUCCUGUUCACCCACGACGCCUGCGUCGGCCCUGCCCGAACUGGCGUGCAGAGCAGUGCUCCACGACGCCGCCACCACCUGCCCCAGCAGCGGCACGCUCCGACAACGUCGACCAUGGCGGUGCGGGCGCGGGGGCUGGGGAGUCUGUUCCCUGCUAGAUCCAGUAGAUGGCCGACUCAUCGAGGCCCUCCGUGAACAUCAUCUGCGCCGGUCGUCUGCUCGGCUGCAGUGGAUUAGGUGAGCGGGGUUCCGGUAGAGGAUUGUUUAGUUUGGGAUUCUAGGUUCCUCGCUCCCGUGCCGGAGACGACGCUAGACGAUGAGGUCAGUGCCGCGGCGGCGCGGCGCGUCGCAGAGAUGAAGGCGCGGAAGCGGUCCGAGCGGCGCACCUACCUGGUGGCCGCCGUGAUGUCCAGGCUCGGGGUCACGUCCAUGGCCGUCGCCGCCGUGUACUAUCGCUUCAGCUGGCAAAUGGAGGGCGGCGCGGUCCCGGUGAGCGAGAUGUUCGGCACGUUUGCGCUCUCCGUCGGCGCGGCGGUCGGGAUGGAGUUCUGGGCGCGGUGGGCGCACCGGGCGCUAUGGCACGCCUCCCUGUGGCACAUGCACGAGUCGCACCACCGGUCGUGCGAGGGCCCAUUCGAGCUCAACGACGUGUUCGCCAUCGUCAACGCCGUGCCGGCCAUCUCCCUCCUCGGUGACGUCGCGAGCAGAUACACCAUAUGGACAAUUUUGAGGGCGUCCCGUAUGGGCUCUUCCUGGGACCAAAGGAGCUGGAGGAGGUCGGUGGCCUGGACGAGCUGGAAAAGGAGCUCGCGCGAAUCGGCCAGACCAUCUGAUGGAUUUGUCCGGAUUCCGGCGCGGCGAUCUCCGCUCCGCUCCGUGAUUCCGGCGCAGCCUCAUGGUUGGGGAGCCGACGACCAGAACCUCCAGAAGGGAUUUGGUUUGGAUGCGCGAGCGUAGAUCUUGACCUGCAUUUCGGAUGGUCUGUGGAGGCAUAGCUCGUACCUGGAGAUGUCUGGUGCCAUGGAAUUACUUUUCUUUUCUUCUUUUCCUGACAUUUUCAUGCCGGCGUCUUUAUUUGUGGAGACGUCGCACGUUCUGGCCCCUGUAUUACUGUUCUUAUGGCUAGGAUUCUGUAUAUAACUUGUAGAGACAUGUUAUGAACCACCAGCUCAAUGAAGCUAAAAAUUCGGUGGUUGGAAACAGCGCUGAAAAAACAGAAGGUCCUCCUUUCACAUUCAGAGGCGCUAGCGCAACGAGGGCACGACGACCAACGUUACACAAUAGUUCCAUUAGCCAGCCUUAACUUAAAGUUGUAGCCACGUAGAGGGAGAAGAAGGCGAUGCAACAGUCUUUAAAAAAACAACGAUGAUGCAAACAGUCUCUCGGUGCAAGUAGUAGAAGAGGCUAUCUUAUUUUAACCCAAAUGCAUGUAAUUUGCUAAUUUCUCCUUUUAUCUUGUUGUUUUUUUGCUCGUUACUGGAUCAGCUAUAUGGAUGAAUAAAAUAUUUUCUUUCAAU